CUCGGCUGCGCUCGUGUUACACUGCUUUCGGCGGGACGCCUGUGGGCACUUGGGGGGGGGAGGUGAGCCUGUGCUCGUAGAGGGCGUGAAAGCCGAAACGCCAUCCAGCGGUAGCAGGUCCCCGAAAGUGAGCAACAAGGAGCUCGGCCUCGAGCCCAGAGGCUACCGACCAGAGCACAGGGGCGGGAAGCUGACUGAGGAGUCUGCCUCGGGCGCCUUCUGUGACGUCAUCUUCGCGCGACAACGUGCUGACCAGCCUUGUUCACCACGUCUCAGGUUUCGCAAGGGCUUAUGGGAGCGACCCGGACGAAGGUGUGUUAAGAUGGCGGAGGCCGAGGAGUCCUCUGGAGAAUUGGAGACAGCGACGCCUAGGCCUUUGUUCGCUGGCCUUUCUGAUAUAUCAAUUUCACAAGACAUCCCAAUAGAAGGAGAGAUUACCAUUCCCAUGCAAGGUCGUGCUCGAGAACUUGACAGAUCUACGCUAAACGAAUCUGUUCGCCAUACCAUCAUGCGUGAUCUAAAAGCUGUGGGGAAGAAAUUUAUGCACGUUUUAUAUCCAAGGAGAAGUAAUGUUUUGCUAAGAGAUUGGGAUUUGUGGGGCCCGUUAAUACUAUGCGUGACCCUUGCAUUGAUGCUACAAAAGGGCUCUGUGGAUGGAGAAAAAGAUGGAGGACCACAGUUUGCAGAAGUUUUUGUCAUCGUUUGGUUUGGAGCAGUUACUAUUACGCUCAAUUCAAAACUUCUUGGUGGCAACAUUUCUUUCUUUCAGAGCCUGUGUGUCCUUGGAUACUGUAUCCUUCCUUUGACAGUUGCCAUGCUGAUUUGCCGCCUGGUGCUUUUGGCAGGACAGGGACCAAUAAACUUCAUGAUUCGGCUUUUUGUGGUGGUGGUGAUGUUCAUUUGGUCUGUGGUUGCAUCUACAGCCUUUCUUGCUGACAGCCACCCUCCAAACCGCAAAGCUCUCGCUGUGUAUCCGGUUUUCUUAUUCUAUUUCGUGAUCAGUUGGAUGAUACUCACAUUCACUCCAUAGUGAAUCUGGAUACAAGCAUUGAAAACAAAUGAACUGAAGGCUCACCUGAAAGAAUGGCUUACCAGCAACUUCCCCUCUCCCUUGUUCAGUUCUUGAGGUAUUAAAAGGGAGCAACAUAACACUGUUGUCAUUUAUAUAAGGAACUGAUGUUUGCAAGACUGUCCUCUUCCUCUUAAUGUUAUUUCUUUCGAAUACAUGUGCAUACCACGCAUAGUAAAAUGCCUCCUUAAGGCAUGAUGAAGUUACUGUGAUCCAUUAGGGUAACAACCAAUGACUUGAGGAGCAAGUGGAUCCAUUCUGCAAAUUAAAAAGGGUUGGUGACCAUCUUCAGCUUGGAGAAUAUUUGUUCAGGUGCAGCUCUUAAACACAUUGCCUUAUGACUAUUAGAAUAUGCCUCUUUUCAUAAGUAGUAAUAGUCUGUAUCCAUUUUCUUUUUCUAUUCUCCCCCAAACUUAAGAAGGCAAAGACAGGUUAGGAAAGUUUAUAGAUAUGGGAGGAGAAAACAUGCAUUAACUAAUUUUCAGAUUCUGAUCAGAGGUAGUGCUAUACUUGGUUUGUUUUUUGUUUGUUUUUAAGCAAAUGACAUCUAAAGAAUCAGCUUUUUAAAAAUAUUUUUGUAUAGUUGCCUUUCUGUCAUGUGUAACAGUACCUCGCCUAGUACUCUAGUUUUUAGUCUUUCACCCAUUUAUAUUUUCCUGAAUAUACAACUCUAGCAGUCAAACUUGUGACUUUCCUUUGACUGAAGUUCUCAGUGGUCCAAUGUUUGAGCUUUUCUAGGUAGCAGAAGACAGAAAUCUACUUCAUGAUUUGUAAUGCAUAUUCUCAUGUGGGCACUUUCUCUUAAGGUAUAGGUUACAUAUUACAUAGCUAAAAGGACCAGUCCUCAGACUAGAAAGGAAGGCUACAUCUCAAGUGUUCAUUUAACCAAAUGGACACAAAAUCUAGUGUUCUUAAGUCUGAGUAACAGAAGGAUGUUUACGUAACAUGGCAAAGGGUAAGUUGAGUUUACAGCUGCUGCCUUUCCUGUAGUGGGCUCAGCAGUUUAUUUUUUCAUUAUAUAUGGAGUUUUAUUGUAUUUGUUGGUUUGUUUCUGGCUGGGGAAUAGCAAUUUAUUUUGUGUUUAGACUUUAUUUGUAAACCUAGUUAGCUCCCCUUUAGAUAUGUAUGUUUUGCACAUGUGCACCCACCUGUACGCUCAGAUAUUUAUGCACACAAGUGGGAAGGCUUUUCAGGGAACAGAAUAUCUGAGACAGGCUGAUUCUCAGCUGUUACCUUCUGUUUCAAUUGAAGAACUCUAAUAGACAAAAAUUAGGAGUCAGAGAACAUUCAUUGUAAAUAUGUAGUUACUUAUAGAGAUAGAAAUUUCUUAUUUCGUGUUUUCUUUAUCAUAGAAUUUAAAUAUUUAUUGAUUUUGUAUUUAAAGACUACCUUCAUAUAAUAUAUGAUUCUAAAAACAUAAUUUUCCCAUUCUCAGAGUAACCAAAUAAGCAACACCAGGCCAAAUGGGUUCAUGGGAUGAGUUACAAAGCAUUACUGAGUUUAUCCUGGCUAUCCCAGCCUUGUCGAAAGGUUUGGAAGUAUAUAUUUGAAUAUAUUGUAAUUUAUCUUUUAAAUUAUAAGCCCUGUGAGGAUAAAUCUAGGGUUCACUCUUGAGUUAGUAAAGAAAAAAUUUGAAACUGACUCUGGUUUUUGAGAUUUGUCUUAAGUUAUCUCUUCCCACUAUCUGAAAACUUUUAAGCUUUCCACUCAAAUACCUUUCCUAAGUUUUUUGGAAUCUGCCCCAGUAAGUAUAAUAAUAAAGAAGUAACCAUACUUCACAAAGGAGAUUUAGUCUCUACUGGAGUUUACUCAGGUGAAAUAUUUACUCUGAAUUCCUAAGGCCACAAUUUAAGGGCAUUUGGAGGGUUACACACAUUGGAUCCUGUGAGGGUUAAUGUGUUGUUCUUGGGUAAUUUGAUGAAUGGUUUUUGUAUAGUUGAAAUGUGGGCCUGGGGGGUGUAGUUCGGUGGCAGAGCAUUUGCCAGGCAUGCACAGUACUGUUGAUUCCGUCUUGACAUUGCCAAAAAAGUAGAUGAACUGGAGUAUUAAUUACUUUUUUUUCUAGAUUUGAAUGGUCAAGGGGCAUAAUUUUUAAUAUAUGCAAAAUGUCUGUUGCUUUCUGUGACAAGUGAAGUCCUGAGUCUGGAAGUUGUAAUAUAGCUUUUCUUGGUUUGCUGCAAAGGCUCAUGGUUGAUUCUAGAAAUGAAGAGUGGAAGGGCAGAAGCCUACAACAGAGGAACUCCUAUUCUAGGUUGGUGAUAUUUCAUGCUUCUGGUGAAUUUCAAGCAGAAUGUGUGUGGGUAUCAUAGCCAGCUUGCAUGAUCACCUGCUGCUUCUACAUCUGAGACUAUGACACUGUUGUUACAUGGCUUAGCUAUAGGAAGGGUGAAGACUUGAUUUAAUUGGUUCUUAGAUUACAAAAACUCUUACCAAUGACAACAUAUUUAAAUGUUUUGAAUGGUUCUCGAAAGUCACCAUCAGAUAAGGACUUUUUUUUUGUAUUUGUAUGUUUUGUUUGGAUUUUAGCCUCAAAGUUGAAUUUGAUCUUUUCAUUGUGUUGUGGGAUCUUUCUUUUUUUGGGCAAACUUAUGUAUCAUAAGAGUGGUAAUCAUUUCACUGUUGACUCCGUUUUUUAUAAAUAGUACCCCCAAAAAUGUGAUUAGAAGACUAAUAAGCCUGUACUUGGAGGUGUAAUAUAAUCUGUUGACUUGACUUACUGUAUCUGAGAUGCCUGCUUUUUCCUGGAGAUGAAAAUGAAAAUUUGUCAGUUGAUAUUUUUGGGUACCAUCGAGUCAUCUAUUGUAUGCUGAUGUUUUAGUCCGGUUUGAACACUGAAGUGACCCUUAACUAGACUGUCAGUUUCUGAGACGGUUGGAUGGAAGUAAAUGUAUGAAUGUUGAUGGAUCCAUGUAUGUAAGUUAGAUAUCCUUUUCUAGAGUCUGCGUGCUUUUGUUAUGAAUAUAGAACUGACAGGAACAAUAAUUUUAUGAUUACUAAUAGCUAACAUUUAUUGGGCACUUACUCUAUACCAAUUUAGUAUUCUACUUUUAAAAGAACUUUUGUAAUAGCUUUAUUAAAGUACAUUUACCAUGAAAUCCAGCUUUCAAAGUGUACAAUUGAGUGGUUCAUAGUAUAUUUUGAGUUCCACAACCAUCACUGCUAUAUAAUUUGAGAAUGUCUGUCUUUAUCCCUGUAGAGAAACCAGUCACUCCUGUUCUCUAUUCACCUUCAGUUCCUGCAACUACUAGUCUGCUUUCUGUCUAUUCAUCUGGUCAGGCACUGUUUUUAGUGCUUGCUCUAUUUCCUCACUCCUCAACAUAAAGUAUUAUAAUUCUCAUUUUACAGUAGAAAAUUGAGGCACAGAAAUUUAAUUGUCCAAGGCCAUUCAGGAAGUGAAUUUAUGGUAAGAACAUAUUAGAUGAGAUGCAGUUUGCAUUGUACUGUUAGGCACAUAAAAUAAAUACAUUCCUUCCCAGGGUGAGUCGCCUGUUACUGACCUUUGCACCCUAGAACUGACUGGAGAUAGAUUAUGCCUUGUUCUCUUUUCAGAGUAAUGGAACUCUGGCAUCUGAGCAAACAAAGCAGGCAGGUUUAGAAAGAAAUAGGUUUACUGCCUUUGAACCCUCUUUUCUCCUCUUUUCGCACACAAUCUGUUUAUUAAAGUUUGAAGAGUCAAAGUACUUUAAAAUUACCCAUAUCACAUAUAUAUAUAGUCUGUUUUUCUCAAAUUUGAAGACUCAACUGUUUUUAUUUUUCCUAUGGAACAUCUUUUUGGGUGUUUAUAGUAUACGGAUGUAUUUGGUCACAUAGGGCACUGGGUAUAAGACUGAAAUCGUUUGAGAACUGAAUGCCUUCCCAUUUGAUAAAUGUGGUGAGCAUAAAGACUUUGCCUUAAUGAAGCUUGUUUAUUUCUGGUCUUCUUUGGUACUCUACUUUAAUUCUGAUCGUUCCUAUAAUAAACCUGUGCAAAGAAACCUGUAAAAUGGUUUGUAAAUGUUGUAUGUGUCAAUAAAAACACUGGAAAGGGA